ACUUCGGGAAAAAGUUUUAUUAUUUUGUAAAUAUUCAUUCGAUUACAAGAACAAUUUUACUACAUUCACCAUUUCCCAUUUUGUUUGUUUAUUCGCUGAACGUGCCCUAGGCAAACAUUUUUUGCCCGUUCAACCUUCGCCCAUGUAUUCGUCAGCUUUGCAAGCGCGUGCUGAGGCGGCGUUAAGCUGAAAACAAAAUAAUUCGACACCCAUACAUUGCGCUGCUGCGCUAAAGCCGACCGACUUAUAAAACUUAAUGCAACAAAAUAAGUUUUUUAAGUUCCAAUCGAAAAUCGCCGACGAAUCUGUUGUUAAGUGAGUGCGCCUGUAGAGAAAAGCAAAAAAUGCUGUUUAAGUUUAAUUCUUUCUAUUUGUUAUUGCUGGCCUGCGCUAUACUCGCACCAGCCGCGUCUGCACCCAACUACCACCAUUAUUGUCCGCACUGCGAAGAGGAAGUGUGGGAGGAAGUGCCGUGUGAAGAGCUUGCCACAACCAAAAGGCCAACUACAACAACUACUGAAAGGCAAAAACCAAAACCUCCCACUUAUGCACCCAUCACCCAGAAACCACAUACAACGGCGCGCCCACCAGUUAAGAAGACCACAACAAUAAAACCACGAACAGAGCAUUACACAACCCCUACACCGGUGGUCACGACGACAGCUUCUACCGCUUACAACAAGUGCUAUUCUGAAUGUAAACGGAGUUGUAAGGAGUUCUGUCGCAAGGUGACGGCAAACGGCGCAUCUCAAAAACAAAUAACACAAGUUACGAAGACAACACAUCGCGUACCUAAUGGACAGCACAAUUGGGAGCACGUGCAUCAGCAUGGAUUUGUGCCAGACCAACAAAUCUUAUACACACCGGUCCUACAGUCAACGGGGCCCAGCCACCCUCCAGCUAUUUAUCCUAUAGAAACUAAUAACGAGCUGGUAAAUCCAUAUGUUCAUAGAAAUUUGGCUUAUAAAGUUCAACCAGCAUUGACACCAUUAUCAGGACAGCCUCUACAUCCACAGCCAGUAGCAAUCGCUUACUCUCAACAAACACCAAAUUUAUAUAAGGAUUCCCAAGUCACGAAUAUCUUUCCGGAUGCUUUAUUAGAAUCGAGUUAUUCUGUUGAUGAGUUGACUCGUCUUUUGCAAAUGGAAAGUGUUAAUAAAGAAGUUGCCAACAGCUACACACAAUCAGCCAUUCACGGACCUACAUAUGCCAUACAUAGCAGCUUACCUCCAACUCCACUUACCACCACACCAAUUUACCAUCCACUCUCACUGUCUUAUGGCUUCCCAAUGUCCGUACCGGCCACGGGAGAGCCGAAAUAUGAAAAUAAUUCUUCGGAGUCACAAUAUAAAGAACUCCUGUUAGACGUCAGGCCACAGAGCCAUGCGUCAUCUUUGAUGGCAGCUUCAGACCCCCAGUAUGCAAACUAUGUGAAUAAAAUCGGUUUAAGUGAACCACAAGUUUAUGAUGGGGCAUCUCCUCCAUCACCACCUUCUCAAGCCAGCAGUGAUCAACAGAGUUUAGAUACCUUGAGUUAUCACAACGCACAUGGUGAUCAUAAUACUGAAUAUCUGAAUUCAAUUUCCUAUGGUUCAGACUAUGCGCCACCAACAUCGAAUUAUGCUCCACAACCAGAGCUGAAUGCGGCAUCGUAUUCAAUUUAGACCACUUACUUAAAAAUUUAAAUUUCUUAAAAUAUUAAGAAAUAGUUAGUUAAUAGUAAAUUAUUAUAAUAUGUUUAAAGUAAUUAAUAAAUUAAGGAUUUAAA